ACGACACAAAGCUCCCUGCACCAUACUACAACAUACAUUCAUAAUUAGAACAAAUGAUUAAUCGCUUCGUUAUUUUCUACUUUAAGCUUCAAAGAUGAUAUUAGCUCCAGAGGAGUGCGGCUGUCCGCUUAUUGAAGAAGGAGUCUCUAUAGAAAACUCGCCGAUUUGCAGUGGAACUCUGCUAUUUAUGGUAUUACUCGAAGGGUACAUCCGAGGUCGUUGCAAAAUCGCAACUCCUUGCGCUAAUGUAAGAUCCGCUGAACAACUGGAUGCCCGUUACGAUUUUAUUGUGGUGGGCUCAGGUCCGGCCGGAGCCAUUGUUGCUGGAAGACUCAGCGAAGAUAAGAAUUUUAAUGUACUAUUACUGGAAGCCGGAGGUCAAGAGCCUACGGGAGCACGCAUUCCCUCUUUCUACAGAGCAUUCUGGUCAAACAAAGAGGUGGAUUGGGAUUAUAGAACUGAGCCCGACAACUAUUGUCUCGACCAAGGCGAUAAAGGAUGUCCUUGGCCACGAGGAAAGGUUCUUGGUGGAUCAAGUCUCCUUAAUGGUAUGAUGUACCAUCGAGGCCAUGCCGCUGAUUACGAUGACUGGGUGAAGCUCGGUGCUGAAGGUUGGUCAUGGGAGGAAAAUCUUCCAUACUUUGACAUGACCGAGGGGAACAAGGAAAUUGGAACUAUAGUGAGCCAGAAACACCACUCUAGUUCAGGGCCUUUGCCUGUUCAAAGAUUCCGUUACCAAGGUCCAGCCGUUUAUAAACUAUUGGAUGCCCUCAACGAAACUGGGUUCUCUAUCAUAGCUGACAUGAAUGAUCCUGAAACUCCCGAUGGAUUCACCAUAGCACAAGCGUUUAACGAUAACGGCCAGAGGUACACAACAGCGCGCGCGUACCUGAAACCGAAGUCAGAACGACCGAACCUGACAGUGAAACUGGGAGCGCACGUUACAAGAGUCAUAGUGACCGACGACACAGCCACCGGCGUUGAGUUCAUCGACUCCGACGGAAAUUCAAAUAUCGUUUAUGCUUCUCGAGAGGUGAUUUUAAGUGCUGGAGCGUUAAACACUCCUCACAUUCUUUUGCAUUCCGGCAUUGGACCCCGAGAGACGCUAGAGAAGUACAACAUUCCAGUCAAAGCAGAUCUCCCAGUGGGUUUGAAUCUUCAGAAUCACGUUGGUGUCACUGUAUCCUUUAUACUGCCUAAACUCAACGACACACGAGUCUUGGAUUGGAGCACGCUUGCCACAUACUUGUUGAAUCAGGAGGGGCCUAUGGCGUCCACCUCAAUUACUCAGGUAACAGGAUUGUUGUAUUCAAGUUUGGCGGACAAAAGAAAAAAGCAACCUGACCUUCAAUUCUUCUUUAAUGGCAUGUAUGCAGAAUGCUCCAAGACGGGCUUCGUGGGAGAGACUAUUGACAGUGACUGCCAAGAAAGAGGAACAAAUAUUACAGCCAAUGCAGUGGCGCUCCUGCCAAAAAGCAAGGGAUACUUAACGUUGCAGUCUUCAGACCCACUAGUUUCUCCAUUAUUUUAUCCGAAUUUCUUCUCACAUCCUGAUGAUAUGAUCGUGGCCAAAGACGGACUCAGAUAUUUGAAAAAAAUAUCUGAAAGCAAGAUCCUAGAAUCAGAAUAUGGCAUAGAACUAGAUCCCGAAGCGACUGAUGAGUGUAGUGAGACCUCAGAAGACUGGUCAGAUGACUGGAUGGAGUGCAUGAUCCGAUUGCACACUGAUGCCCAGAAUCAUCAACUCGGCACAACCGCUAUCGGCUUGGUCGUCGAUCCUCAACUAAAAGUCUACGGAAUUGAAGGUUUGAGAGUUAUCGAUGCAUCGGUCAUGCCGUCACAGCCGACGGGCAAUCCUCAAGCAGCGAUCAUGAUGGUCGCCGAGCGAGGCGCGGCUUUCAUCAAAGACACUCAUUCCUAAAACGACGGCUGUUCGUGUUUACGAAAAAAAUAUAUUUGAAAAUGGAAAUAAAGACUUGCUAAACAUUUGUGAUU